AUGGCGGCGUCGCUGCUCUCCGAGAGCGACAUCAGGCACCGGUCCAUGGCGGAGGAGGAUCCGAACGGUAACGAGCACGGGGCGGCCGCACACAGCUCGGCGCCCCGCUGGGGACCGCAACACGCUGGAGCCCGGCAGCUGGCUCGGCUCUACUCUCCCGGUAAGCGUCUCCAGGAGUGGGUUUGCGUCAUAGUGUGCCUCGUUCUCUUCGUUCUUAACUUCACCUUGCUCCUCCUGCACUUCUCCGCCUUACACGUCUACAAGAUCAUCCCCGGUGUCGUUCUGGGAAUAUUGACAGCAGACUUUGCAUCAGGGAUGGUACACUGGGGGGCGGACACUUGGGGAUCUGUUGACAUCCCUCUGAUUGGCAAGGCAUUUAUUCGGCCGUUUCGGGAGCACCACAUAGACCCGACAGCCAUCACUCGCCAUGACUUCAUUGAAACCAAUGGCGACAACUGCAUGAUCCCUAUUUUGCCGCUGGUGCACAUGGCCUACAAGUUUUCCACUUAUACACCAGAGGCCUUGGCGGCAUCCUAUCCCUGGGACUGCUACGUCUUUGCCCUGGCCGUUUUCGUCACCUUGACCAACCAGAUUCACAAGUGGAGUCACUCCUACUUCGGGCUCCCGCGCUGGGUCACACUGCUGCAGGACUGGCACGUGGUGUUGCCACGGAAACACCACCGCAUCCACCACGUCUCGCCACACGAGACAUACUACUGUAUUACUACAGGCUGGUGUAACUAUCCCCUGGACCAGCUGGGCUUCUGGAGGUGCAUGGAGCAUCUAAUCGAGCGUCUGACGGGUCAAAAACCUCGAUCGGAUGACCUGGCAUGGGCCAAGAAGACUGACUGA